UCAGUGGUUCCUCUGUGAAACUGAGGCACGGGGGCACACGAAUUUUAAGAAACAGCCUCAAUUUAGCUUUACAGUAGGCAAGUACUGUGUUUUUCAUCAGUUUUUUUUUUGCUGUCACAGGAGCCCAGAGGCAGGGAGGUGCUUAGGUCAGGCUGUGCAGGCGAUGGUGUUUACGCUGGCGACUCUUCCCCUCCCAGCCAGGGAGGAUGUGCUGUUCUGCACCAGCUAAAUCCGCAUCCUGCUCACGCUGGAGCGCAGCAUCCUGGGUGAAAGGGAGGGAGCGGUUCGGCGUUCAGCGCUCUCACGGUGUGUCUGUCCCUGCUCCUCUGGGCUGUUAAUAGCUCUGCGGGUUAUUAACAGGCCGGAACGGCCGGCGUGGGCUGAAGAGCGCGGCAGGGGCGGCAAAGCGCCCGGCGCUGGACGGGGAUGCUGUCCCGGAGUAGGCGGCUCUGCUGGAACCGUGGGACGAUCCAGCCAGGAAACUCACCUGCCGGCAAAUCGCGUGGACAGGGCCAGCCUGCCCCAGCCGGGAAAAGUUUCCCAGAGCGUUUUCUGCGUCGGGAUGGUUCGUGUGCCCCGGGCUCCCGGCUGGGUGCCGGGUCCCUCGCCGGGAGAGCUCGACCUCCACCUCCACCCGGCUGCGGGAUAACGGCGGGGUUCAUUACCCGGAGGGCUCGUUCCCCACCGGCUGCGGGGGUUCAUUGCCCGGGAGGGCUCGUUCCCCACCGGCUGCGGGGGUUCAUUACCCGGAGGGCUCGUUCCCCACCGGCUGCGGGGGUUCAUUGCCCGGAGGGCUCGUUCCCCACCGGCUGCGGGGGUUCAUUGCCCGGAGGGCUCGUUCCCCGCCGGCUGCGGGGGUUCAUUGCCCGGGAGGGCUCGUUCCCCGCCGGCUGCGGGGGUUCAUUACCCGGGAGGGCUCGUUCCCCACCGGCUGCGGGGGUUCAUUGCCCGGGAGGGCUCGUUCCCCACCGGCUGCGGGGGUUCAUUGCCCGGGAGGGCUCGUUCCCCGCCGGCGGCAGGAGAUGCGCGUACGCGCUGCGGCGCUGAGCUGCCGCGCCUGCUUCCCCCCCCGUACCGCUGCGGGGGGAGGCGGGGCUCGGCUCGGCUCGGCUCGGUUUGGCUCGGCUCGGCCCGGCUCGGGAUGCUGCUGCGGGUGCGCGCUGCCGUGGCGCAGCUGGCGGCGGGGCUGGGCGCGGGGCCGGGCGCGCAGCCCCCCGCAGAACCGCGGGGCGCCGGGGCCGCCCGGGGAUCGCCGCCGCCAGCCGCCUUCUGCCGGCCGGCCUUCCUGCAGCUGACCCCCGAGGAGCUGCGCCGCGCCGACGACCACGCGGGGCGGGCGGUGCAGAGCCCCCGCGACGGGCGCCGCCGCCUGCCCUGGAGCACGGGAUACGCGGAGGUGAUAAACGCAGGGAAGAGCCAGCACAAUGAGGACCAGGCGUGCUGUGAGGUGGUGUUUGUGGAGCAGAGGCCCAGCCCAAGGGGCUGGCUGCCGUCCAGGGAAGGCAGCGGGGAGCUGGAUGGGGGCAGGAAAGGUUUUUAUUUCCACUACUGGGCCUUGUUUGAUGGCCACGCGGGCAGCGGUGCUGCUGUCAUGGCUUCGGAGAGGCUGCACCUGCACAUCUGUGAGCAGCUCCGGGACCUCGUGGAGAUCCUGCAGGACCCCUCCCCACCUCCCAUCUGCCUCCCACACGACGCACAGGGCGGUCCUGCAGAUCCAAACCAGAUGUCCCAUGGCGAGGAGCGUGGGGAGGUCCUGAACGAUGCUGUGCCACGGUUUCACCUGGAGAAAGCAGUGUCCCAUGAGAGCCUGGUGAUCGGUGCCAUUGAGAAUGCCUUUAAGCACAUGGACGAGCAGAUCGAGCGCGAGCGGGCGUCCCAGCACCUGCCCGGGGGGUGCUGUGCCCUGGCUGCCAUCUACCUCAUGGGCAAGUUCUACGUGGCCAACGCUGGUGACAGCAGGGCCAUUAUCAUCCGUAAUGGGGAAAUCAUUCCAAUGUCCAGGGAGUUUACUCCAGAGACAGAGAGGCAGAGGCUGCAGUUUUUAGCUGUGCUCAGGCCCGAGCUGCUGGGGAAGGAGUUCACGGCCCUGGAGUUCCCCCGCAGGGUGCAGCCCAAGGAGCUGGGGAAGAAGAUGCUCUACAGGGACCAGGACAUGAAUGGCUGGGCUUACAAAAAGAUAGAAGAGGAUGACCUGAAGUUUCCACUUAUCUUUGGGGAAGGCAAAAAGGCUCGGAUGAUGGCCACCAUUGGGGUCACAAGGGGCCUGGGAGACCACGACCUCAAGGUGUUCAGCUCCAACAUCCACAUCAAGCCUUUCCUGUCCUGCUUCCCCGAGGUCAGGGUUUAUGACCUCACGCAGUACGAGCACUGCCCUGACGACGUUCUGGUGCUGGGCACUGACGGGCUCUGGGACGUCACCAAUGACAAGGAGGUGGCAGGAGUGGUGAUGGAGGUGCUGGCCAGCUACGAGCCCAACGACCCGUGCAGGUACACCAUGGUGGCCCAGGAGCUGGUGGUGCGCUCACGGGGCGUGCUGAAGGAGCGUGGCUGGCGGCUGGCCAAUGACAAGCUGGGCUCUGGAGAUGACAUCUCUGUUUUUGUGAUCCCCCUGGGUGGCCCUGGCAACUACACGUGAUGCUGAACGAGCCUGGGGCAGCGGGGCUCAGCUUGCCUGGGUGGAGACGCUGUGGAGAGGGACGCUGGGGCUGCCUCAGGGCCAUGCCUCCUCUAAGCACUCAUUUCUUGAGCCAAGUGCAAGAAGUGUAAGAAACCUGGAGCCUCAGCGCCCCUGUCCAGAGCAUCCCCCUCCACGUGCUUGCAUCCCAGUCCCAGGUGGAGACAGAGAGGCCUUGGAUAGAGUGUGAGCACUGGGCUCAAGGGAUGUUUUCAUGCUGCUACUUUCUCAAUGCUGUGAAAAGCCUGAAGGCUCCUUGGCCCCUCAGCAUGUCCUUUGCCUCUUGCCGUGGCUAUGCUGACUGCAGCCCCGUGUGACAGCCGUGGGGCUGCUGGGGCACUCACACCUGCUGCAGCCACCCCCAGCUCCUGCCCUGGGGUGCUUUGGCCAGCGACACUGGAGCUGCUGUCGGAGGUGGGAGCUGGGGCUCAGAUGGGAUGAGACUGGGAGUAAAGUCCCACAGGCAGCUGGGCAGUGCCAAGCCUGGCACAAGUCCAGUGUGGCCCCACAAUGGCCAUCCCAGCCUUGUGCUCCCUAUUUUCAGCCCCUCACACCUUCAUUCUGUCACAGACUUUGUCUCAGCCUCCAGUGUGGGAGAUUGGAGCAGUGGCCAAGCUCUGCUGUGCACCCAGAGCCCUGAGGAGGGAAAAACAAUUGCACCAGCACUGGCUGUGCCACAAGUUCUGCUCCGUCCUCUCAUGCUUUGGGUGGCUGCAGUGCUUCUGGAGCCAAUUAUUUAUUAACUGCAGAGCUGAGCUGGGAAAUAUCUAAAUCCUUUCUUGGUAAAAGACUCCCAUAGAGGGGAGCCUAUGAAUGUAUGUCUGCAUCUUGGAGUGGCUCUGAGUUAGCAGCCUCACACAGAGCAGCCCUAUUCAGGUGAGCUUAACAGCUUAACUGCACUGGAUCUGCUUAGCCCAGGGCUGGGAACCCACAGGAAAAGCAGCUUGGUGUGACCAGGGCAGGGAAAGACAGCUCCCAUAUUUUCCUUAAUGAUCUCAGAACUGGCGCAGAGGGGAGCUGAGCACUGGAUUUUUGCAUCACACACGUCUCUAACCUGGAGCAUCCACAUCCCAGACCGCUGCAGAGUUCUAAACUGUGAGGGAUGGUCCCAUCCUGGCAGUGUGGGGAGGGGAGAGCUGGGCCAUGGUCCCUUGUUUGGGAAAGGCUCUGUGGCACCAUAAGUUUGUCUCCUGUCACUGGGUGCAGCCAUCAAGUGUCACCUCUAGUGAAUGUUGUGUCCUGUAACCAGUGGGAUGUAAAUAAACUGGGGGCACACAAUGGAAAGUGAAAGUUAUGCACAAGAUUUGAACCAGCUGGCACCCAUGCUGAAGGGAGUGCUGCUGGGGCUGGGAGCUGUCCUUGUGUAGCACUGUGUGUUUAAAUAAAGACUUUGCCACUCGCA